UUGCUUUUAAACAGACGCGUGCACUCGUGAAAGUCGGAUGUGUUUCCAUUUGGCUCCGCUAGCGUAACUCGAGAACGCACCAAUACCUUUUUUUUUAAAUUUAUUAUUGUUUACCGCCUCCGUUGGUGGUGUGUGCUCCCGCCGUGUUCAUCUGUGUGUGCGCACAUUGAGGAGGGAAGAACUCAUCGAAAGUAGAGUUGACGAAGAAGAGGAAGAGGGAAACUUUUUCAAGCAGUUUCGGCUAGGCGUGGGUUUUGCCUCAAAUCGGCUCUGCUUCGUGGUGACGGUGGUGUGUCAUUUGUUCGCUGUUGCAAAAUAUAGAAAGGAAAAAUAGUGAAAAGAGCAUUCGAAAGCUUCAUCUCCGUGAGUGAUAUUUUAUGUUUUUAACUCGACAAUAAACCGCUUCCCAAACAGUGCCCGUGUUGUGUGAUGUGGUGCAAUUUUUGAUCGCCAGGGAAUAAAAUCGAUUUUUCGCCGCUGCUGCAGAAACGCGCUGACAGGAUUAUCUAGAAGAAGCAGAAGGAAUAUAUUUUCGUGCCCUCGUUUCCCUUGUGUUUGAGGUUGUGUUUGUGAGGAGGAUUUUGAAAUGUCCCAGAAGACGAAACGAUCGGGCGUUUCGACGCCCAUACCGGUUACGGCCAGCACUCCGGUGCAGGGUGGCUCCAGCUCGGUCCACAUAGGGCGACCGGCGAGCCCACUCAGCCCGACGCGUCACAGCCGGCUGCAGGAGAAAGCCGAUCUGCAGAAUCUGAAUGACCGUCUGGCCUGCUAUAUCGACCGGGUGCGCUUUCUCGAGCAGGAAAACUCGCGCCUCACGCUCGAGAUUCGCACCUCGCAGGAAACGGUCACCCGGGAGGUGUCCAACAUCAAGCAGAUGUACGAGCACGAGCUGACGGACGCCCGCAAGCUGCUGGACGAGACGGCUCGCGAGAAGGCCAAGCUCGAAAUUGAUGCCAAGCGGAUAUGGGAGGAAAAUGACGAGCUGAAGAAGAGAUUGGAUCGCAAAACGAAGGAAGCCGCCGACAACGAGCGCAACGCUCGUGCACAGGAAGCCCGCGUCAACGAGCUGUCCGGCAAAUACACCACCGUGCUGUCCGAGCGCAAGAAGGCACAGGACGAGCUGAAGGAGCUGGAAAAGGAAAUCGCCAGGUUGAAGAAACAGCUCGAUACCCUACGCAAGAACCUAGAAGAGGAAACUCUGGCCCGUGUGGAUCUGGAAAAUACCGUCCAGAGUUUGCGCGAGGAGCUGACCUUCAAGGAUCAGGUUCAUCAGCAGGAACUCACCGAAACUAAGACCCGCCGCCAGGUGGAAAUCAGUGAAAUCGAUGGCAUCCUGUCCGAGCAGUAUGAGGCUAAACUGCAACAGACGCUGCAGGAGCUACGCGAUCAGUAUGAUGGAACCCUUCGCUCCAAUCGAGAUGAAAUUUCGGACCUGUAUGAGAAUCGUCUCCGCGAUCUGGAAUUGCUGCUGAAUGCCGAGCGCCAGCGUCACGCCGCCGAAAAGAGCAAGCUGUUGGACGAGAUCGAGCGGAUGCGUAAGGAAAUCUCGCUGCAACUGCAGGAGUACCAGGAUCUGAUGGAUAUCAAGAUAUCGCUGGACAUGGAGAUUGCCGCGUACGACAAGCUGCUGUCUUCCGAGGAGCACCGUUUGAACAUCACCCCCGGCAGUCAGACGACCAUUUUCCAAACCAGCUCGAGCAGCUCCACCGGUCGCUCGUCGGCAAUUCGUCGCACGCCUCAGCGGGCCGCAGCCAAGCGUAAGCGCACCGUUCUCGAAGAAUCGGAUGAACGCAGCGUGGCGGACUACUCGGUCACUUCCUCGGCGAAGGGAGACAUCGAGAUUUCCGAAGUGGACCCCGAGGGCAAAUUCGUGAAGCUGCACAACAAGUCCGCGAAGGAAGUGCAAAUCGGUGGAUGGACAUUGACUCGCAAAGUUGGUACCAACGAAACUGUUUUCAAAUUCCACCGGACGUUGAAAGUCGAUGGUGGUGCAAUGGUCACGGUGUGGUCAUCGGAUUUAGGCCAGACACACGAACCGCCGAGCACAAUCGUCAUGAAGGGACAGAAGUGGUUCUGCGGAGAUAACAUGACCACCCAGCUGUUCAAUGCCGAUGGGGAGGAAGUGGCAGCAUCUGAACGCCUGAAGCGCACUAUAUCUACUGCGGCAACACGCCACCGCGAGUACCUCGGUGCCUACAGUGGUGAAGAACUGUACCACCAGCAGGGGGAACCUAGGGGCGAGGAAAAGUGUCGUAUCAUGUGAGAGUAAACGGGGUGGCAGGAACAUGCGAAUAGAUGCGCCUGUACUCCAAUCUAGAUUGUAAGCGUAUAUAUCUACACACCGACACACCUCACAAACAGCGACACAGAGAUGCGAGGAGUAAACAAAUGUUUCUCCCCCUAUAACGGACGAGGACACGACGCCUGAUGUCAAAACGAGUAAACGUGAGCAGCAGUGUGCAAGAUCAGCCCAUCUCCUAUCUAUCAUACUUACCGCAGCAAAAACUAUAGAGCAGAUUGAUUUAUAUAUGUAUUAGACCGUAAGGGUUCUACUCGACCCGAUCUGGAGAAGCAGCUAGGAUGAAGAAAUCCUAAUUGAUCAGAAAUGCGUCCUAAGUGUAGUGCUAUUCUAUUCUGUACCAUUGUGUACAGUGUGUUCUAUUCUGUACCAUUCAAAGGGCCCGUCAUAAUUUGUCGUAAAUCUCGAAAUGGUCCAGCUCCUACUUAGUCCAUCAAUACUAUGUUACUAGUUGAUUACACCGGAAAAUAUAGACCAUGUGGAGUAGAGAAGAUUUAUAUGUAUUCAACAUGAGAAAGGAAUAAACUCGUUUAAAUUAUUUGCGAGACGAGAAAUCAAUGCCAUACCGAGAACGACAUUUUUAAGCUUCCUUUUUCCUUUGACUAACAAUGUUCAGUGAGAAGCAAUCGCUUCGAAUUAUACUCAGCAUUUUAUGCUGCGAAAUAUUCACCUACCGACGACACAUGGCGGUACUUUUUUUUUAAUAUGUUACGACACUGUACGGUUCGCGCCAUUUCCACCACAACCAACGGGAACUGGGUGCGCAAUUUGUUUAUUCUAACAAAAGUUAAUGUGUUCCCCGAUGGAAAUCAAAAAUGAGCGAUCAAAAAGCACAUAGCAUAGUAGGGAAAAAAUGGUUCAAGCAACUUGUUCGUUAGCUUUAUGUCUGUCAUCUGUCAUAAGCAAACAAAAUAAAUGCAUUUUUGAUUUUCAUUUAAUUCAUGUAAAGAGAGAGGUUAAAGAAAUAUAUAUUUUUAUAUUAUAAGAAGUAAAUUAAAACGAAAAGAAAAAAAAUAUUGUUCAAAACAUUAAAAAAAGUUCUCUUAAAAUACGCUCAUUGUUGUAACGGUUUUUUUUAACACUGAACAAUUUAUCAAAUAAAACAAUAUGUAGUUCAUAGCGGUAAUACAUCAUCAUCAUCCAGUCGACUAACGUAAACUCAUUAUUUGGUAGAAAGGUUUUAUUGGUUAACAUUAACACUACUACGAGUAAAAAUCAUUACCCGUCUCCCAAUAUUCUGUGCUUUUGUCAAUUUUUGUUUUUUUUUCUCUCAUUUUUCCAAUCAUUAAAACGAAAUUUUAAAAUAAACGUAAGCAUAGAGUGAA